AUGACGGUCACCGACAAGACUGAUGCGCAGCGGCUGGCCGUGCAAGAAGAUGUUGACGCGAUAGUUGUCGCAGCCCAGCGCUUCCUGGAUGGUGAUAUCGCCGGCGAUGAGACCAAGCUCGACCUUCAGAGGAAGGCCUCCAGCUUGAUCCAAACCGUCCGCGGCCCUGUGCCCUCGGCGCUGUCUUCCUUCGAGGAGAUCGUCAAAGUGGGAGCGCUGCGAGCUCUUCUAGCGGCCGGGGUCUUCCACGCCAUCCCCAAGGGCGGAGCUCCGAUGACGGCCAGCGAGAUCGCUUCACGGACGGGCAUGGACAAGAGCAUCCUGAUACGCCUGAUGCGAGCCGUGACUCCAUUGGGUCCUUUCCGCGAGACCGGCGAAGAGGAGUAUGCCCACACGCCGUAUUCCGAGGCAUAUCUGACUGCAGAUAUCGCGGGCUGCUUCCCGGUAAUGUCGGACUUCAUCUUCGGGCCUGUCUUGCAGAUCUGCGACUUCCUUCGCCACCAUGACUGGAAAGACGCCAUCACGACCCGAAACAACCCGUUCACCCUGGCCCACAACUGUCCGGGCGAGACGAUGUUCGAGUACCUCUACAAGAACCCGAAGCAUGUUGCGCCUGUGACCAGGGCCGAAGCCGCCGACGUGGAGCAAAUGGCCAUGGACCUGUACCCAUGGGAGGAUCGGCUUCGCGGUGCCGCCGAGGACCGUGUGGCCAUCGUUGAUAUCGCCGGCAGCCAUGGCAACGCCACGCGGCAGAUCAUGAAGAUCGUCCCGGCAUUGAAAGGCCGUCGGUUCAUCGUGCAGGAUCUUGAGCCCGUCAUCCAGGAACACAGUCAAGCGCUGCGAGCCGAUGGUAUUGAACCGCAGGUCUACGACUUCUUGAAGCAAGCCCAGCCAAUCCGGGGCGCCUCUAUAUAUUACUUUCGACGUGUCUUCCACGACUGGCCAGAUGUGCCGGAAGCGAAGACGAUCCUCGAAAAUACCGCGGCUGCGAUGAACCGGGACCAGUCCCGGAUCUUGAUCCACGACAUCAUCAUCCCGGAGACGGGGGCUACCAUGACUCACGCCUGGCAGGAUCUGAGCUUGAUGGCCAUCGGAGGUAUUGAGCGGACUGAGAAGAACUUUGCGAGCCUUCUGGACAGUGCAGGGCUGGUGCUGGUGCAGGUGUGGAGGAAGCCGGGAGACAUCAUGGGUAUUGUCGAGGCGAGGCUUAAAUAA